GUCGAAAAUUGAUAGCUGCUUGUCAACUUUCAAGAUGGUGGAAAAAACUAUAUACAUUUCUCAAUCGCAAAGAAAACCCAUAAAAAUAUUGAAAUGGAAAAUACGGGAGGGCCAAACAGUUCCUGUGGGCCACGUGCUGCUCCUCUACGAUUUUGUAGAUGCCAAAACAGCCGAACAACGAAAAUUGAAGUCGACUCAUGCCGGGACCGUUCACAAAAUUAUUGCCAAACAAGGGGAAACUAUCAACACUGGGCGAACUUUGCUUCAGCUAGAAGCAUGUUCUCACCCCACUGUGAUGAAUGACAUGUGUGCAGAGUGUGGGGCAGACUUAAGGAAGGAAGAAACAUCCCCAACAACAGCAUUUGUACCUAUGGUACAUGCUAUACCCAAUUUGAAAGUCAGUGAGGAGCUUGCUCAGAAAAUUGGAAAGGCUGACAAUGAACGCUUAUUAUCUGACAAGAAACUUGUAUUGUUGGUAGACUUGGAUCAGACUUUGAUUCAUACAACAAAUGAUAACAUUCCUCCAAAUAUAAAAGAUGUUUACCACUUUCAGUUAUAUGGGCCUAAUUCGCCAUGGUACCAUACAAGGCUAAGGCCUGGUACACACAGGUUCCUGAACAAUAUUCAGACAAACUAUGAGUUGCAUAUCUGCACAUUUGGUGCAAGGAACUAUGCACAUAUGAUAGCAGCAUUUCUUGAUCCUGAGCAGAAAAUAUUCAAUAACAGAAUUUUAUCUAGAGAUGAGUGCUUUGAUCCUACAAGCAAAAAAGCAAAUUUGCAAGCCCUGUUUCCAUGUGGCGAUAACAUGGUAUGUAUCAUAGACGACAGGGAAGACGUCUGGUCGCAUGCCUCGAACUUGAUCCACGUGCGUCCAUACCACUUCUUCCAGCACACCGGAGACAUAAACGCUCCUCCCGGCCUGGACAAGCACGAACACGAUGCGGAGGGGGGGCCGAUGGGCGUUGAUUUGCUAGCUGGGGUCGAAGCGAACAAAUCGGUUGCCGAGCAGGCGGUCAGCGACGAACUGGAGGCUGGCGAGGUUGAACAGGCGGAAUUUGAAAAAGCGGAGAUUGAGGCGAAGGACGCGGAGCGUGACAAAAAGAAGGCGGAGUCGGAGACUAAAAAUGCGGAGCUAGACCCAGAAAUGGCGGAAGCUGAAUCAGUGAAGGCAGAGCAAGAGGAACAUCAGCAAGUAAAGAUUAGUGAGAGCAAUACAUCAGAAAAACAGCAUGAAAAAAAAUCGGCAAAAAACGGCGAGGAUUCAAAUAACAGUGAGAUAGACAAGGUGGUGGAGAAACAUGAAAUAAAAUCAGAAACAGACAAAAUUAACGGAAGCUCUGAUAUCAAAAUUAAAAAUGAGGCAGUUGGGGCAGAAGAGAAAUUGGAGAAUAAACAUUCGGAGCCGGUGGGAGUAUGCGAGGAGGAAAAAAAUAAUGAAAAGAUGGAGACUGAUACAGAUGUCAAAACGAAAGGGCCUACUUGUAAUGGAGAUAGUACUGUUGUGGUUGAUCGCGAGCCUCAUCAUAUUGGAAACGCAAAUGGUAAAUUUAGUGAAGUUGAAGAUACUCAGCAGAUGAACAGUGGGAAAACAAAUGUGAACAAUUCACAUCAAAAGAACAAUUCUUGUAUAAAUAGUAAACUUGCUUCUGAUGUAAAGGAAGCAACAGAUAGUCAAUGCAAAGAUAGUACAAAAUCUAAUCAGGAUAUUAAUAGUGAGAAUCUAAUAGAAAUUGAUGACCCAGAUGAUUAUCUACUUUACUUAGAGGAUAUUCUGAAAAGGAUUCAUGGCGCAUUCUAUGAAGAGUAUGACAAAAUGGAAGCAGGCGAGAUUCCGGACUUGAAAGUUGUGAUCCCUAAAGUCCGUGGUCAAGUUUUGAAAGGCUGUAGACUAGUAUUCAGUGGCUUAGUGCCAAACCGGAUGAAACUGGAGGACUCCAAAGUCUAUCAAGUAGCCACUAGUUUGGGUGCUGAGGUAACUCAGGAUAUUACAGAUAAAACAACCCAUUUGGUAGCAGUCCGGCCAGGUACUAUCAAGGUUAAUGCCGGACGUCGUCAAAGGAAUGUGAAGAUUGUAACUCCUGAUUGGCUGUGGUGUUGUGCAGAACGCUGGGAUCAUGUAGAUGAGAGAAUAUUCCCACUGAACAGCAGGGGCUCAAGGAACCGCCAUCCACCACCGCAUUGUAGUAGUCCUGAACACAGAAAAUAUCCCACACAUGAUAAGCCAACUGCACGAAAACGUACACCAAGUGGCCGGUUUAUGGACACCAUCAACCCUUUGAUGUCAUUUUCUAGCGCCGAUAUCGCAGAUAUGGAUAAAGAGGUCGAAGACAUCCUCGUAAAUGAAAGUGGCAGUAGCAGUAGUGAGGAAGAAAAUGAAGCGGUUCCGCCUGAGGUGCAAGAAGCUCUGUCGGAAGAUAAGCCCACAGUCAUCGCAGAGAUCCUGAACAGUAGUAGUAGUAAUGAAGAUGAUGAACUUGGAGGAACCGAAGAUGAUUUAGCCAUGGAGUAUCCCAGGGGGUUCAAAAGAAAAAGGAGUUGUGGUUUAAGGAAGGACCUGGAUGAGGAUGAUGAUGAUGAAGAAAAUCCUUAUAAUCCCUCUCCAAACUCCUCCGACGAUGAAACGCCAAGUGAGAGGUUCAAGCGCGGGGAGAUGGAUGUAGACAAUGACGUAGACAUGGAGCCAGAGGAUACUCAGGACAGUGACAGUUUAACCCCGCCAGAUCCCGAAGAGUUAGAUGAUAAGGAAUGGAACCGAAUGGGAGCAGAACUUGAAAGAGAAUUCCUUUCUGAGUAAAUAUUAUAAAAGACAGUGAUCAUGAAAUGUGAAAGUGGAAAAGUUACUUUAGACAGAAUCGCAACUGUAAAAUAGCAAUAAGCCAAAAUUCGCAUUGCUAUAAAAAGGACUUAUUGCAUACCAGAAAUACUUUUUCAAUGUAUACUAUCUAUACUGUUAUAUGUAUUGAAGUAUGGGAUAUUAAUGGGAAUAUGCGUCAAAUUCCCGAUGUUAUCCCUAGUUCAAAAUGAGGAAGGGUCCUCUGAUUCAAUGCACAAUAAUUUUAGAAUUCCGCUGCUUCAAUAACUUAUGGUCGUUAACGUUAAUUUUAUCACUCAAUUUUAACAUUACCGUGAUAUUUUAAAUUUAGCAUCUAUUGAUUCCGCAUAUUUUGCGAUUUCGGAAACGAUUUGUUUGAAGCAAAUUCCCGUACGCAUUACUCCAUUUUGUUCAAAGUAUAAGCCGGGCAAUAUGACUCAAUCUAUGAAGUAUUCUACCUAUAAGAUAUCCAUUUGCUGUCAGCGCAGUGAAAGCAUAACUACCAGAAAGUGCGUUGAAAAACCGUCUGAUCAAUUUGAGUUUGCAUUUAGAAUAAUAUAUCAACCCAGAAAAAUUUAAACUGUUGCAAAAUAUUUAAUAGUGAAAUGCAUUCUGUAGAUAUUUUUAUCAAUUUUGGCGGGUUACAGUAAAGGUACCGGUAAGGCUUGGAUUUUUAGUUUUAUGUUUGUCGUGCCAGUAUGACCCACCUCUUGUGGGUAAUAGAGGUAUUUUUACUUCCUACGUUUUUACUCCCUACGCCACUGGCAAGGAAGUAUUGUAAUGGCGAUAAAAUUCGAAAAUGAGAUUAUUUUGACAUCAUCAUCAUGACAUCUACAUCACGAAAACCCAUGUUACUAAUUUCUGCCUGUCUGUCUGCUAAUCUUUUGCCCGCCUAUAACUUGGGCAGUACCCCUCAGAUUUUGAUGAAAUUUUUACACAAGGCUACUACUAUGCCAAGGACGGCUUUUUAGAAUUUGUAAAUCGAUCCAGUGGCGGCUGAGCUAGAGGCUAAAGAACGAAGAAAAUUAAAAUCUCUCGAAUUACCCUUUUCAUUUUCAGAACAGUUUUUUAAAUGUUGAAAGGUGAGGGUAAAUGUUUAUUUGGUAUCAGUGAAAGACGUUCAAUCGUCAAGAACUUGACCUUAAUAACAGAAAAUUUAAAUGACAAAGAUCCGAUGAAUAAUCUGCUCAUAAUUCCAAAUAGUACAUGCAAUUAUAGGAUUCACAAUUCUUUGGUGCCUCGACGCGAUAACAGCGUUCGUGCCGUUAGCUGUUUCAGCGUCGAACUCUAAACCAGCAGUGAGGUGAGGUUGAUGACAAGAAACGGGAGGUGGGAAAAAUGAGCCCGAAUGUUUGUGAUCGGGGAGUAUUUGGCCAUUAGGAGUGAAUAUAAGUUGGUAAAUACACACUUCCAUAGAUAAAAAAUUAACUCUUAGAGGCGUAAUACAAGAAGGAAAUAUAGAUUGACUCAGUACUUGCUUAUACAUUCAUGUACAACUAUUUUCAAACAUCUUUUACCUACAUAUACAGUCUUAUUUUAUGCCCAAAAGUAACAGAAACUUGAGGAACACAAUUUUUACUUAAGUUGAGACAGCAGUCAAAAUCACAUAAAAAGACAGUCUGUAAAUUGCAACUAAAUGCACAUACGUGUGGCAAAAUUUGACACACAACUCUGUUUAAUGUAGGACUAGUGUGACAGUUGGUCAAAGUUUCCUUACAUGUAAAUGGUCAUGCAGAAUUGAAUAAAUUGCUGUUGCAUGAAGGUGUAAGGUCUCCUCUAUCUGUUGGUAUGUCACUAUCCGGUCUUCGUCAAGCAUUUUCCUCACAGCAGUAAUGUUUUCCUCUGUUACUGACGUUCGCGGCCUUCCUUCUCUCUCAGCGUCCUACAGAGUGAAAUUGCUUCUUUGGAAUUCUCUGUACCACCUGUCAUACGAUGAGGACAAUCAUUUCUUCUAAGCACUGGUCUAUGCUUAAACGCGUAAAGUUAUACGGUAAAACUGCCCUUAUCUCACUACGUGACCACGCACUUUACACUGACAAAUCGAAUGAACAACUAAAUCAACGGACGUGCCGCUGGCGGCUACUAUGCACUCAUGGACAUGUCUCAACAUGCAGCCUCCUACGUCCGUUUGUACCCUUUGUAGAAAUUUCAGCCAUUUGUAUAUAUUUACCAAACUCACGUACUAUCGCGUAGUAUUUAUUAACAUUUUGAUUCAAACUUCUAACGAUCCCACUUUGCUGGUACCACUGGAAUGUUUUUCGGUUGAGAUACUCUGUGGAACAAGCCUGUUGCACACUGUCUAGCCAGUCAUACAUAUGUAUAACUGUUAGCAAAAAUCCAAGAACAUCUAUGGAAGGUAAAUGAAGAAAACAUGAAGUGUAACUAUCAGGGACUUUUCUUAAAUGAUAUUUUGUAUAUGUUUCCCUUGAUUGUUAAUUUAUUCAUAAUUGUAUAAUCUGAAGUUUAGCGAAAAUUGUUAUGAGUACGCAUUUUGAAUUGUACCUGUAUUUUUAGUGAUGUACAUACAUAUUUCUAAUGUAAGAUCAUGUUGGAUGGCAAAAGUCGUGAAAUGUGAAUUAAAUUUGCAGAAAUAAAAUACAUUCUUCUAAUUAUUUCAGUCGGAUUCAUCAACGAAUGCGAAUAGAUUAGAAGCGAAGACUAUAAGUUUGCAUUGCCUUGUUUGUCGACAAAAAUGUGUAGUUUUAGUGCAAACUUUUAGAUGGUUUGCCUAUCAUUAGUAUCUGUGCUGUGAUGUGAAUCCUUAGUUAUUGUUAAUAAUAAGGAUAAAUACGACAAACUAAAAGUUCGUCAUUUUGGAAGACGUUCAAUACUAAACAUUCUAUCUAUCAAACACCAACAAUGGUGGAAUACCUGAUGUUGGAAAUAGUGGCACACCUUGCGGAUUUUAUUCGGUUUUUCUGAAUAGUUGUGAUCGGAGUAGAUUCUUGGCUAAAAGCAAAUACCUAGUUGAAGGUAAUAUGGAAAUUCCUGUUAUUCAUAUUAUUAUUUAAUAAAACGAUUUGGA